AUGUCCGAACACUUAGCCCCAUACAAGCUACUUGUGACAUGUGUCGUGAGUCUGGCAACCUUCAGCCUCGUGCACCGUCACACACCUACGGAGUAA